GAGGAACUCUCAGCUGUUUCCUGCGUGUUUGUUCCACGCGAGAAAUGGGGGGCAGAGAAUGUUGCGUGAUUAGCUGUGGGAGCAGCUCCCACAGCCACCAGGGCAGGAUGUUCCUGAACGGCCUGAGCUUCCACUGCUUCCCUGCGUGGAGAACGAAGGAAGGCGACUUUAUAUCGGAGCUAACGAGGCGGCGGAGAGACGCGUGGGUGACCGCCGUGGGCCGCAGAGAAAUCACCUUCGACCGCAUCCCGUCCUCCAUGAGAGUCUGCUCCAGACACUUUCUGUCUGGAAAACCAGCGUAUGAGAUGCUGGACUCGGAUCCAGACUGGGUGCCGUCUCUACACCUGGGUCAUGAUGGUGAUGAUGAAUAUGAAGAAAAGUCCUGGAAUAAAAGAAGAAGGUUGUCUUAUGAUGAGAAGCCAGUAGAAGGAGCAGAUGGUGCUGCUGAAGCCAGGAAACCUCCUCCGCCUGCGUGGAAAGAAGUGAAAUCUGCCCUGCAGUCUCUUCUGGAGGGUAAAACCAUCAUCAGUCAGCAGCAGGGAGACGAUGAGCAGAACCAAGGCGCUGAGACGAGGACCGACUCCAGCUUCCGGGACUUCUUCAGGAACGCUCUGGAGUCGUCUCUGGAGGCCUCCAUCCAGGCCAGAGCUCGCUCUAAGAGUCGGCCGCCGUCCACAGAGUACGAAGUGGAGCUGAACGUCAAGCUUCCAUCUUCUCCAGGAGAACCGUCCGCUCUGGAAGAGCCAUCCUCUUCACAACCAUCCUCUUCACUGCCAUCCUCUUCACUGCCAUCUUUUUCGCAGCCAUUUUUUUCACAGCCAUCUUUUUUACAGCCAUCUUUUUCACAACCAUCCUCUUCACCGUCGUGUGCGAACUGCUCCACGAUGCUGCAGAGGAUUCGAGAGCUGGAGCAGAAGCUGUUUGAAGUCACCAACAAACAUGAGAUCAAAGUGCUGAACAGACCCAAGCAAACGAUCACAGAGGAGACCAGACCCUCUGGGGAAGAGGGUGAGUCGACGGCUCAUGUUGGACCAGUUCAAGCCACUCCUUCCACCUCCCGGCCUCCUCGUCCUCCUCAGCGCCGCCGCCACUGCUUCAGGAAGGAGUGGGUCAAGAUCUUCCCGUUCCUCCGGUACUCUCCAAGCCUCAACAUCAUGUGGUGCCACGUGUGCCGCGUUCACGCGGACACGUUCUGCCAGAACCAUCGUCUGAUCAAAGGCUCCAAUCAUUUCACCAAGUCCAGCAUCAGGAAACACACCAACUCCGCCUACCACCAGCAGAACAUGCAGCGCUUCCUGUGGAGCAGCCACACGCCGCUCGAGGAGCCGUCGGGUCCGGCAGAUCCACCCGCUGAGCCACAAUCAUAACGAAGAAGCAAAAACAAAGACUCCGGAUAAGUUUUUACUGAAUGAGCUCAACAGCAUAAUAGACAAAGCGUUAAAAAUGGAUCCUACUGUUGGUUUGCAGUUGUUGUGUGGUACAUUGGUGAAUGUUUUUCCUGUCAGAUCAGAACCUUUUCGAGGCCUGAAACAUCUGUGCAAAGUACCGAAACAACAUGGUACUUUGCACAGAUCGAUUCCAUCGAUUCACUACUUUCUGAUCUUCCUGGUGACUCUACAACUUCUGAACGAGAGAAACUGGAGCUGGGUGGUUUUUGAGGACUAAAGUUUUGGAAAAUACGUUUGUGUUUUUUCACCACACGCUCCUUUGUUUACAUAUUCUAGAGUGAUGUCAGCGGACCUAGAGCCGCCAUCUUGUUUGCGGAGCGUGUUCUACUGCUCUGGAUUUAUUUGGACGUUGAAUUCAGGUCAACUUUACAACAGAAUAUUAGUAUGAGGCUAAGUUUAUUUUUUGUUUAAAGUAUAAUAAUGCCAUAAUAUUAUAGGAUUCCCAUUUUUUUGAGUAACGUCAGCGCACCAAGAGCCGCCAUCUUGUUUGUUAAAUGUUACAGCUUCUCUUGAUUUCAGGUCAAAUACGUCGAAAUAUUUUAGGUCAGGCUAUGAUAUUUUUAUUUUAGUUAUGAGAAUAAAUAUUACAAAAAUACAGUCGAAAUAAUACAAAAA